GAGCGUCCCAGUUCAUCAGUUUCUCUACCCCGCGGCGGAUCCUGUGCCUGAGCAGAGGCAUUUCUCGUGCGCUUCUAUUCUAGACUGCUUGGUAAUGAUGGCGGCUCACUGGGUGAGUUUCUUAGCAGUGGCUGGGGUCGCUGUGCCCCGCUAAUAUGAACUGAAAACCAAUGCCCAGCCUCCAGCCUGCAGAUACCUGAGGUGCUACAUGUGUGUAGAAGGACUCGGGAGCAAGGGGGCGGGGACGACUGCCAGUGCUUCUAUUGAGUAGUAAGAAGGAGAGAAAGGUGGCGAGCUGUCACGAUGGGCCUGCUGGAGAGACUGAGGAAAGAAUGGUUUAUCAUCGGGAUUAUUCUGGUUAUCGUAGCGGCUAAACUGGAACCUACCAUAGGAGAGAAAGGGGGGCCACUGAAGCCAGAAAUUACCAUCACGUAUAUUGCGGUGUCUGCUAUAUUCUUUAACAGUGGACUCUCAUUAAAAACAGAGGAACUGACAAACGCGUUGAUGCAUGUAAAGCUUCACCUAUUUGUCCAGCUUUUUACACUCGUCUUCUUUCCCACAGCAAUAUGGAUUUUCCUUCAAGUUCUGUCUCUUACACCCAUAAAUGAAUGGCUUUUGAAGGGUUUGCAGACAGUAAGCUGUAUGCCUCCUCCUGUUUCAUCAGCUGUGAUCUUGACCAAAGCCGUUGGUGGUAAUGAGGCUGCUGCUAUUUUCAACUCUGCAUUUGGAAGUUUCUUGGGCAUCGUUGUAACGCCACUGCUGCUGCUCCUCUUUCUGGGAUCAUCCUCUUCAGUACCCUUUACCUCCAUAUUCUCUCAGCUGUUUAUGACAGUUGUUGUUCCACUUAUUAUUGGUCAGAUAGUACGGCGCUACAUCAAAGACUGGCUGGAAAGGAAGAAGCCACCGUUUGGUGCCAUCAGCAGCUGUGUCCUGCUAAUGAUUAUCUACACAACAUUCUGUGACACAUUCUCUAACCCAAACAUUGACCUAGACACUUUCAGCUUGGUUGUUAUAGUAUUUAUCAUAUUUUUUAUCCAGUUGGCAUUCAUGCUUUUAACAUUCCUCUUUUCUACAAGCAAAAACAGUGGCUUUACCCCAGCCGACACAGUGGCAAUAGUAUUUUGUUCAACACACAAGUCCCUCACCCUUGGAAUCCCUAUGCUGAAGAUCGUGUUUGCAGGAUACGAACAUCUCUCACUAAUAUCAGUUCCUCUGCUAAUCUACCACCCCGCUCAAAUCCUUCUGGGAAGUGUAUUAGUACCAACAAUCAAAUCAUGGAUGCUAUCAAGGCGGAAGGCGCUGAAACUAACAAGGCAGCCGAAGAUUCCAUUAUAACAGCAGGGCACAGGGAAUGUAAAUCUGUACAAUACUGUACAUACAGACAUCACAUGAAAGACUUGUAUUUCCAAAUGUUUCUUCAAUGCAUAUUUUAUUUUUUUAAAUAAAUAAAGAUCAUCUUAUUGAAGUGCCUUAUGGAUGCAUUGGGCAAGUUCUUCGUCUGGAAGCGAGAGGGGCCAUUGGUGGCUGCAGAGAACAUGUGUACACCUGAAUCAUGAUUUUGUAUUUUUUUUAUUAUUAUUUUUAAGAAAAUAAAAAUCUCCAGCCUUGUA